AGAGAGUCAGAAGCUAAAGAUCCAAGCAUUGAAACUAACAAAUCUAAUGAGAAGUCCACAUCUAAGGAAAAAAAAUGAAGUCCAUCUUUGCUGUAUUCCUUGUCAUCUCUCUUCUCAUGGCUACAAAUACAAACUUCAGUUAUGCAAGAAAAGACUUGGGAGAUUAUUGGAAGGAUAUGAUGAAUGGGCAACCUAUGCCUGAAGCAAUCAAAGACCUACUUGUUGAAGAUCCACAAGUAUCAGAUGCUGCAGGGAAGGAUCACUUUACUAGGGACUUUGAUAUAAGGCCUAAUGUCAUAUUAUAUCACACCCAUGUUGAGUCUAAGAAGCAGAAUCAAAAGCAGAAAAAGCAACUCUUUGUCAAGAACUUCCAAUUACCAGAGUUUGAAGGAAUUACUGGAAGUCAUGGUUGAACAAAAUAUCAGUAAUAUUUAAGGUUUAUUUUGUAGAAGAAGAGCUUUAGAUGUUUCUAAACUUCUCUUUCUGCUUAUGGUUUGAACCCCCCCCCCCCCCCCCCUCCCCUUUUAGAUAGAUGUACCUUCAUAAAAACCCUUUUUUUGCUGCAUCUAUAUGUCCUGCAGAAUUUUUAACAUGAAUAGGCAUGAUGUAUCUUAUAUAUAUAUAGAUUGCUCUUCAUGAAUUCUUAUGCAACUUUUGCUCCUCAAAUAAAGUACUACUGUUUAGUCCUUA